CGUCACUGCCUCCUCCCGUGCUCCAUCACACUCAAAUGCAGCUGCGCCAUUCCUCCUUUGUCCAUUGAGGAGAGCUAAGCGGCUCGCAGCUGAAACAUACCGGGAGGGUGUUUGCAACGUGACCGGGGUUUUUUUGUUUUUUAUACGCCACAAGUCGGACACUGUUGUUUGCAUCCACGUAGCUUGCAGUUUUUUUUUGCUUUAAAGCGAAGCUAACACACACACAGCAGACGCUUUGCUCGUUGUUCUCGCCGUGCUAAGCUACGAAAUCUGAGUCCGCCGCGAGAAAAAAAGAAAAAUCAAAAUGGAAGAGACCAAAUACCUCCCGGAGCUCCUGGCUGAAAAGGACAGCUUGGAUUCAUCGUUCACACACGCCAUGAAACUCAUUUCUGCAGAGAUUGAGAGGAUCCAGAAAGGUGAAACCAAGAAAGAGCCAGAGAAGGAAACAUAUCUGGACUUAUUUGCUACAAAGAAUCUCAAGCUCAAAGAGAGAGUACUCAUUCCUACCAAGCAGUAUCCGAGGGUCAACUUCGUUGGUAAGCUUUUGGGACCUCAGGGAAGCACAAUCAAGAGACUUCAAGAAGAAACUGGUGCCAAGAUUUCAGUUCUGGGUAAAGGGUCCAUGAGGGACAAGAAUAAGGAGGAAGAGCUGAGGAAGGGUGGUGAGGCCAAAUAUGCUCACCUGGCCAUGGAGCUGCAUGUAUUCAUUGAGGUGAUGGCACCCAUACCAGAAGCCUAUAUGCGCAUGGCUCACGCAAUGGAGGAAGUCAAGAAGUUCCUUAUCCCGGAACCUGGUGAGCACGACCCGUACAUGGACCCUCACUUCCUCAAUGGAUCCCAGGAUGGUUCUGGCAGGGGGAGAGGUGGUCACCUAGGACGGGGCAGGGGUGGACCACCUGGUGCUGGAGGACCAAGGGGGCGAGGAAUGCCACGUGGAGGCCCUCGAGGAGCAAUGCGUGGUGGAGCUCCACGGGGUGGACUGGGGGGUCGGGGCAGCGCUCCUAGAGGCGCACCAUCUGGUAGGGGUGGACCACCUUCUACUCCUAACAGAGGAGGCUCAGCUCCCCGCUCUAGACCCCCUGCAGCAGGCGCUCCAAGAAUGCUCCCCUCUGCAGCCAUGUCCCACCAGCAACACCAGGGUCCCCCUUCAGGGUCACAGCCCAAAGCUGAUGGCUAUGAGGACUAUCCUCCAUAUGAAGAAUCAUAUGCAGAGCCUGCCUAUGAAGGAUAUGACAAUUACUACAGUCAGCAGUCUGCACCUGCGGAUACUGAAUAUUAUGACUAUGGACAUGGAGAGGCCCAGGAACAGGCAUAUGAGCCUUAUGCUCAAGAUGACUGGGACAACUCUUGGUCCAACUCCGGGGCUGGAGGAAAAGCUCCAAUGUCCAGGCAGACAAAGGGAUCGUACAGAGAGCAUCCAUAUGGAAGAUACUGAACGGCUACUGGUAGAGAGUUGCUACAGCAACUGUCUCAGAUUGUAACUCUCUGAACUUUUCAAAAGUAAUUUCCCACUCGUCUGCUCCUUAUUUUUUUUAUGGUUUAUUUUAUUAUUUUUGUUUUUUAAACUCGGUAGAGACGUUUUGUUGGCUGUAUCAUAGACUGCGAGAGAAGAAACAAGAUCGCAACGUUUUUCAUUGUUUACCUGUUUCCAUUAUAUAUGUUUUCAGUGCGUAGUUGGCAGUUAAGGUCCUAGUGACAUAAACCUAACAAAGGAACAAGAGUGACAUUUUAGUGAUAUUUUGAUGGUUAUCGUUUUCAACUAAUUGUUUCUGAACAAAAAUGUGAUUGUGGCGAUAAACUCCUCUCACGUAGGCUGCAUUUUUAAAAAGUCCUUCAUGACUGGACAAAAAUUACUCACAUUGCCUCAAUGUAAUUUUGCUAUAACUAGAAUAGAUCUGGUUCCAAACUCAAAUACUGAACCGUUUUGAUUUAAAAACAAAAGUCUCAUAUGUUUGUUUAUACUAAAUUACAAAUCUAGCCUUGUGUGAAGUAACUGAAACCUAAAAUACCAUUUGAAACCAAUUUGACAGAAAAAUGCUUCCAUUUUUGCCGCCCUUUACAGUUGGUGUUUCAUGAUCUGUCGUACUAUUGCUUGCAAAAAAACGUCGCUCAUGAUCGACUAAUUCUUGUAAAGCUUGAAGGAUUAAUGAUUAUAAUUAACGAUCCUCACUCUGUAAGAAAGGCUGCAGCCAAUUCAAUAUUUUGUACAUAACCUUAGGACAACUGUGUAUGCUUUAAGCCGUGUCGUCUCCAAAAUGCAUAAUGCUUGUGUACCUUUUGGCUAAAUAGGAUACUAAAUAUAUCCCAAAAAUGUUUUUCUGCAGUGCGUGUUUCAAUAAAGUUUCUAGUUUCUUUUUAAUCAAUCUAAACAUGGUAUUUUGCCUUUGUUGUACCAAAGGAAUGCCUUCGGUUUGUGAAAGUGGUCUUCAGUGGUUUCUCAACGCUGAAUGAGCUGUAUGUAUACACGUCAGCCUGACGACAAACAAACAAAAGCAGUGUUUUGACAAUGAGCCUUCUCCUCUUCGUCUGUCUUCAAAACUACUCUAAAUGACACUUGUAAUGUCACCUUCAAAAACAAAUAAAGCUCAUCAUUCCUUGAGGUCAUGUGCUGCCAAA